AUGGCAUCGGCAAUGUUGUUGAAAUAUAAGAAAUAUUGGGAUGACGUGCAUAUUUUUAUGGGUGUGGCUACUAUCUUUGAUCCGAGGUAUAAGAUGAAGUUGGUGGAGUUUUAUCUUCCACAUAUUUAUGGUAAAACAAUUGCUUUAGAUAAGAUUCAAGAAGUUCGAACCCACUGUUUCGAUCACUUUCAAGAGUAUAAGAGUAGAGUACCUGCUACACAUGGAGCAUCUAGUUCUAAUGAAGUUGUUGGUUUUAUUGAGGUUGAUCGUCUGUAUAGCUUUGAUAGAUUUGUCGCUUCGAGUAGCGCUAAUGUGGACACAAGAUCGGAGCUAGAUUUGUAUUUAGAAGAAAGUUUGCUACCUCGAACUCCAUCGUUCGACAGUUUAAGUUGGUGGAAGACAAAUGGAUUAAAGUUUCCUACUUUGCAGAAUAUGGCUCGUGACAUCUUAGCUAUUCCUGUCUCUACAGUUGCUUCAGAAUCGGCAUUUAGCAUUAGUGGGAGGUUGAUUAGUCCGCAUCGUAGUAGACUUCAUCCUACUACUUUGGCGGCUUUGAUGUGUGCUCGCACUUGGUUAUGGAACGAAGUAAACGGUUUGACUUCUACGGUCGACAAAGUUUCAUGCCCAACAUUACUUGACGAAGAGGAAGAGCCGGAUUCAAGUGGACUUACUGGGCUAUAGCUACUUUAUGUAUCUGGUAAAAAGAUUCAAAAAAUAGCAAUGUCAAUAUUCUAUAUGACAAAGAGUGAUAGUUGUCAAUUUGUUGGAAAUGCUUCAGGCGUUAGAGCAUCAUUAGACCAUUGUGUGG